AUGACAGACAAUGCGCAAACCAUCACAUCUAUGGUUGAAAAUGAACGACAGAAAAAUUUCGAGCUAAAACUAGAGGAAAUAUCUGAUAUAAUAGCAAUGGAUUCUCAAUUAUUACAAUAUUUAGCAGCAAAAACAGAAAAACAGCAAUGA